ACAAGAAAAAUGGUUGCAUACGUCGAUAAAAACUUUUCAUCGGCUUGUUUAGUGGUUUUACUCUUUUUUGUUGUCUCAUCGUAUGCAACGUUUAGUACGAUGGUUACAAAAGAUGAGAUCCACUUCAUAUGCACCCAACAAGAUAUCAAUUCUUCACUUUGUUUUGAGGUUCUAAAACCAAAUCCUGAAAUUGCUAGAUUUGAUUUUCCUGGUCUCUUCAAAUUUUUGCUCAAUUAUCAGGCUCGAAAUAUUUCGGAUACGCUGAAGCAAUUUAAAUUAUCAGCAGACUACACCCGGGAUAAAGAUUCUCAAUAUUCCGUAUGCAUAGAAGAAUAUGAAAAUGCUCUAGAAAAUCAUGAUAAAGCCCUCAAAUAUUUGGCUGCCAAAGACUAUGCCAGCGUAAACACUAUGGUCAGUGCAACAAUGACAGAAAUGUUUACGUGUACUGAUGAUUUGUCAACAAUGAAGCCAAUACCAAAAUUAUUUAUAACGAAAAGUAAUGUUAUUUCAGAUCUGUCUAACAUUAUCCUCGUGAUUCUCAAAAAAAUUAAGAUUAUGUAAUUCUCGUGAUCUAUAAUAAUAAUAUUAGUAUGGUCGUUGUCAUUAUCCCUUUUUAAUAUAUAAAAAGUAUUAAAGAUAUAAAAAGUUUUU